AUGGAGUAUUACAUCAAACGUACCAUCGAGCGAGUUCGAGAACACUGGAGAAGUAGUGAGGAUAUAAAACACGAAAUUAACGUUGACGAAAGUACGUAUCUUCAUUUAGCCGCACGGAAUAGCAUCGCAAACAUAGGUGCCUCACGGGACCAUUCGAUCACGUCUAAUCGUUCUUUGGAUGAUGGUGCUGCAGCAGGGUCAGUUGGUCAAUAG